AUGAAACUUUUAUUAUCUCUUUUAUGUUUAGUUUAUUUCUUAGUUGCAUCAGUUAGUUCACAAAAUAAUACUAUCAACUUUACCCCAUUUUUUGAUGCACAAUGUCAAAAAGAAGGAGGUGGUAUUGGAUUUGGAUAUGACCCAAGUAAUUGCUAUAAUUUUCACCCAGGCCAGUGCCCACACCCAAAUUUUAUUCCGUUAAUUAGUCCAGAUGAUUUGAAUAAUAUAUGCUUAAAAGUUAAAGAUGUUAGCUCAACUGAAUGGACACUUGAAUUCAGAUCAAAUGGUGAUUGUGAACAAGGUGAUCUCAUUGCUGAGGAAACCUUUACAUCGGAUUGUGCUUAUUCUAGUUUCUUUGGUGCUUAUUACUCUGUUUCAAAAUAUAAUGUAAAUGAACUUCCAUCACAAACAAUGUUAUUUUAUAUCUACAAUAAACAAGGUUUUGAAGUUUGCACUUUAAUGGAUACCCUCAACUUUAACUUCCUUUUCAAUAACACUGUUUUAACUGGUCAAGCUAAUGGUAAAACAUUCCAAGAAAAAUAUUUCUGUAACGGUGCUGCAUAUACCACUGUUUGUCAAGGUGAUCACUAUUGUAAAACUAAUGAAUUAGUUGGUUGUGAUGAUCUCGAUUUCCAAGCAUCUUGUACCGAUUAA